AUGAGAGCCGUGCUCUCGCUCAACAUGACCAAGCUGCUCGCCUUGUUGCUGGUCAUCCUGCCGAUACUUGUCGCCGUUCAGGCCAACGGCUCGAUCUCGAACGCGUCGCACCAUCAUCAGCGACGCAUGGUGCGACAGCGACACAUCGAAGCGCGAAGUGCCAUGUCAUGGCUUACCAAGAUCUCAUCCAAGGCUUCGGACUGGAUGUUUGGCUCUGUACAUGCGCCCAACCUUGAUAAAAAAGACCUUCCCAAACCACUUGUAGGUGGUGUGGCUGUGAUGCCCAAGAUGCCAUAUCCCUAUGCGACGGGUAUGAUCCCACGCUUGGCGAGCGAGACCCUGAGCGGAAACGGGCUCCCUGGCGGAUGGAUGUGCAUCCACGUUACUCCCCCAGCUGAUGUUCCCAAGCAAGCUGAUGGAGGAGCAGGUACGCGCUCUGGAGCUCAGCAGUUUGGCGGCCAGCGCGUUGGCGCGGACGGUACCGCUGCUGGCACUGUUGGAGGUACUGCGGCCGGUGCGGCCGGUGCAGCUGGAGGUUUGCCUGGAGGUGUGCCCGGGGGUAUGUCUGGUGGGUAUGUCGGAGGUGCUGGACCUGGCACCGCUGGUGGCGCUGGUGGCGCUGCAGGCGGUGUUGCAGGUGGAAGCGGAGGAGGUUUUGCCGGAGGUGCUGGCUCUAGUUUCGGAUAUCCUGGCGGAUUCGGUUUCGGUGCUAACACAGGCUAUCCAGGCGGUCAGCAAGGUGCUAGCACUGGCAGUGGGCCCUUCGUUGGAGGUGCUGGAGCUGGAGGCAUGGGAGGCGGUAUGGGGGCUGGUACCGGUAGCAGUGGUAUGGGAGCAGGUAUGGGGGCUGGUAUUGGUAACGGCGGUAUGGGAGCAGCAAUGGGAGCAGCAAUGGGUAAUGGUAUGGGAAGUGACACUGCUGCAGGCAUGGGCGGCGCUUCCUAUGGUGUUGCCGGUACUGGCGGCAACAGCGCCAUGGCUGGAGGCCAAGGCAGCACCGUCCCUGCUGGCUACAUCCGCUACAACGGUCAGCUGAUGACCGUCGAUCAGUACGAGCAAGCGAUUGCUGGUGGAGGCUCCCCAGGAACCGCGGCGAGCCAGCAAACACUCUCACGCCGAGACAUGCUCCAGACAGACACAUCGACGCUGUUCCUGAACACUUUCAUUCACAAACGUCAGGCCUCUACCUCGGCGACCGAUGGCGACAGUGAUGGCGAUGACUCCCAAGCAGCACCUGACGGCGCGGAUGCUUCCACGCAACACAAGAAGCCCGCUUCAAACGCAAAUGCUCCGAAAGUGCUGAUGUGCAUCAAUGGCGAUCCUGCUGUACCAGCUAUCAAGUUCAACACCAUGACUGGUGUUCGCAUCCGCGAUGCCUCAACCCAGAAGGACGGAGUGGUGGACAUCACCAAUCUGCCCAACUACAAGAUGCCAUGGAUGCCCUUCUUGCCCACAGCUGAUAUGUGGGGCGAGCAGCAAAACCUCAUGUUGGACCAGGAGAAGAUGAUCGAGACUAACAUGACCAUGGCACCUCCUCCUUCUCGUUAG